UAUUUUUGCCCAAGGUGAUAGGUGCAGAAAGGUGUAAGUUAUUAAUUGUUUUCCCUUUUUUUGUCUCUUUUUUUUAUUAUUUACGGAUUAUCUAAAUCGUAAACGUUCCUGUUCCCGCUUCGCAAUAGUCGUAUUAUUUAUUCGUGUAAUGGUCUGCCCGUGACGCUCACAGUGUGCGGGUAACACAAAGGCGAGAGGCCAUCACUAGAAAAUCGAUACGACGACCAAGCGACUGUUGUGAAAGCUGAGCGAGGGAGACGCAAGCGCGCCGAGAGCAUAAAAUACUGGGUUGCCGACAAAUAGCCGCACAAGACAACCGGAGCAACAUGGCAGCUGACGACGGUAAAGGUCCCAAUCGUGAUAGCCAUUGAUGGAAGCGAGAACGCCGAGUACGCUGUUCAGUGGUACCUGGAUAACUACCACCGUGAUGGUAACAAGGUUGUGCUAGUCACGGUGCCCGAGUACAUCCCUCCUAACGCCAUGAUGAGCCCCGGCGUUGUUCAGGAAUUGCUUCAGAAGGCAGACAAAGAGGUGUUGGAACUCCGAAACAAAUAUGUAUCCGGUCUAAAGGGUAAAGGGCUGAACGUGUCUUUUGAGAGGUUAGAAGGUAAGGCCGGGGAAGCCAUCAUUGAUUUCGUCAAGAAAUCCAAGGCAUCUUGUAUUGUAACAGGUACUCGAGGCCUGGGCAAGUUCCGGCGGACCAUCAUGGGCAGCGUCAGCGACUACAUCGUCCACCAUUCUCCUUGUCCAGUGCUCAUCUGUCGUCAUAAAGACCAGAAGGACCAUCAUUAGAUGUGCUAAUAGCCCCCCCUAUACAUGUCUAGCCACGUAGCGAAAAUGUAGACACAAUGAGUAACCAGUCUCCACGAUUCACCCAGCACGGUCAAUUACUCUAGCAUCUAUUCAGCUCUUGGAUAUCCGGUAUAAAAGUUGGCAUUAUAUUUACAAUUAUUCAUGCAGUUUACGCCAUUGUUUUUUGUUGUUUUUUUUUUGUGUUUUUAUUUUGUACUGUAGUCCCUUUAACUUAUAGGGCUAAUUCAUUUAACGCUUUGUUUUUGUGAAUUAGUGUAUGUGUGGUUGAUAGCUUGUGCAAACAAAUGGCCUUAUAUUUGGAAGGAAUGGCUUGGUAAAACUGACUGUUCUCAAUUUUAUUGCGAUGGUUGUAUACUCAAUAGGGUGCUACUUAUGUUUGCUGGACAUUUUCAUCUGUCAGCAAGUCUGAGAAUUAGAAGAGAAGUCAAGUUAGUAUGUCCUGUCAUGAAAAUCAUUUGAGAUUUGACGUGUCUACUGUGCCGAACUCAUCAGGGUUAGCUUGAAUGGCAUAGUUGUCAUGGAAUGUGUCGGUCAAAAGAAGUCCCUGUUCUACAGCAAUAGAAAGACCCUUUUGCAUAUUAACUAUAAGUUGUAUAGUAUAUAUUAUCUAAGCGGGUAACGAUAUAUAUAUAUACACACACAUGAAUGUGUAUCAUUGUUGUUGUUGUUGCUAGGUCAGCUACGGAGCUUCAUCUCUCCGCAGUGUCGUCCGAAAAGGACAGCUCAAAUGUUAUUGAGUGUGUGACUUACACAUAGCCAUUCAUCAUCUCGACCAAGCCGUGCAUUGUUUUAUAGUAGUUUAGUAAUACCAGGCAGUAAGCAAUAGAGCCUCAUUGAAGCCUGUAUGAAGGGGUUAGCGGCAAGAGGUUUGUGGGGGGCAAGUGACCCCAUAGUAAUGUACUAACUUUGACAAAUUUUUGUCCGCGUCAGGACAUAAUUGGAAUCAAGGCUUGUGGGUGUCUCUGUACCGCACCACUCUAGAUAUGCUGCUAUUCUUGAAACCUUUACAUCACUGGUGAAUGUUAACAGUACAAAUAUUGAUCAUACCUAAGGAGUGUUGUAACAUUUUUUGUUUUGUAUUUUAAAGCUUCUGUUAUCAGUACAUAUUUGUUUUAUUUAUGAAUAAAGAAGUUGCAUGCAGGUUAAAUAACA